AGCCACCAGGUUUAGGGCAACAUUCUUCGUCCUUCGCAGGGACUCUUUGCUUUGAUUGAAAUCAUAUUAUAUAUAAUACACAUCGUGUUUCUUCAAGAAAUGACUAUAUAUAUCUGCAAAAGUCUCAUCUCUGUCUCUCUCAAGAACUCCUCACAUCUCAACAAAACCCCAAUCUCCCUUUUCUCUAUCGUCUUCUUCUCUUCCUCUCCAAAAAACCCCAUUGCGGUGGCUGAUUACUUGAUUGAGAGACACAAAUUUUCUCUUGAAACUGCUUCGAAAGUCUCUUCCGUCGUAACGUAUCUGAAAAGGCCUGAAGAGACCGAAUCGAUUCUUUCAUUUCUCGAGGAAAGUGGUUUUUCGGAUACCCAUCUCGAGCAUGUCAUCAAAAACGUUCCUAAAGUUCUCUCUGCAAAUCUUGAGCGCACCAUCAAACCCAAAUUCAAGUUUUUUCAGGACUUGGGUUUUUCUUCUAGCGAUGUUGUGAAAAUUGUUUCGUCUAAGCCACGGAUUCUAACUGGUAGCGUUGAUAAUCAGCUUAGCCCGUCGAUUUUAGCAUUGAAGAGUGUUUUGGGUUCAAAUAUGGAUGAUGUGUCCCGGGUUGUAAAGAGAUCUGGGUGGUUUUUGACGACUGAUUUGGCGAAAACUAUGAUACCCAAUAUUGAAUUUUUGAAGAGUUGUGGUAUUACUUCUUCGCAAAUAACUCAAUGUGUCUAUAACUACCCAAGAUUUUUCCUGCAUAAACCGACGAGGAUUAGAGAAAUAGUCAAGAGGGUUGAUGAGAUGGGCUUUAAGAGGGAGUGUAAGAUGUUUCUUCAUGCCAUUCGGGUUAUUAGUUCGAUGACUAGAGAGAAUUGGGAGUUGAAAUUGGAGGUCUUUAAGAGUUUGGGGUUUUCGGAAGAUGACAUUUUGUCAGUUUUUAGGAGACAGCCUAUGGCAUUUGCUGUGUCAAAGAGGAAACUUAAGGCCAUAACACAGCUUUUAUUUAGCACUGGCAAAUUUGACAUCUCAUUUGUUGUUAAGAACCCAAAUUUACUUAUUCUCAGUGUUGAAUAUAGGCUUAAACCGCGGCUAAGAGUUAUGGAGGUUUUGGAAAGGAGGAAUUUGCUUCUUAAAAAGCCAAAUUUGAUGACUAUAUUCCAGAUGAGUGAUAAGAAGUUUUUGGAGAAAUAUGUAAUCCCUUAUUCAGAUGAAAUUGGUGAAUUUUUCGUGGUUAACAAAGCCUCAUUGACAGCAGAAAUAUGUGCUUAAGAAGUUAAGAUCAUGACAUCCUUUGUGACUUCAUGAUUUAACACCUAGAGGCAGACUGAGACUGAAUCUUUUUUCCUAAAAGCAAUGACUCGGCGGCAUCGCAUGUACGACCCGUUUAGUAGAUUCAUAUUUUGUUUUCUGUUCCUUUUCUUGCCUUGUUGAUGUUUCUGUUUUCUAAUUCUAUCUAUUUUACCACCAUUAUGUUAUGAAAUUAAUUUAUUCUACUGAAAGUAAAAACAUUCAUGUUUUAUUGCAACCCCAAGUUGGUUAAUUUCGCGUGUAUGGAGCUAAAAAAUUUGAUGGCACUUAAAGAAAUGUAAAUUAUGAACUGAUCCAAAUUUACAAAAUUAGAUUGGGAAAAUUAGCUGAGUACUUCUUAAUUGUCCUUCUUUAGCAUAUCUGAUGUGGUUUUUCUUUUUCAUUUUUUUUUUUUUCAAUUUUUUUUUUUUUAUACAAAUUUGCAGUCUUUGUGAACUUCUUAGAUGAUAGGUUUAUUUUGUGGAACUCUGUUACCUUCUUGAGAUUGGAUUGACAAGAGAUUAAGCACUAAAGUAGAGAAGGUUCUAGAAACUUCUCAGGGCAACUUCUGUGUGUUUGUGUUUCUUACCUACCAAAAAUAAGAGUUGAUUGUGAG